CAACGCGUUCGAAACGCUUGAGAACUGAGGAGGAAGAGGAGGAGGAAGAGGAGGAGGAAUAGAAGAUACAUACUGACGCUGAACCAGUAAUGCAAAAUGCCGGUUUUUACCUGCGUGUAUGAUCACUGCACACGAGAAAAGUUGCAUAGUUUCGCCACAUGUCGCUCCACAGUACCUGCAUGGUCCUGCUCUCUGUAUCUCAAGAAACAUCGCAAGGUGCGCCUACCUGCAGCGCGAGCGAAACCAUUCGCUCGUUUGCAGGCCUACAGACAACAUCCGGGCCUCCGCUUCGCCUAACGAUAUUUGGGGACGUACUCAAGAUGUAUAAUAUUGAGCCUAGCAGGCUAAAAUCGGAGAACCCUUUAUGUUGCGGAUGUAGGACAGUGAAUGCAAAACGCGUUUGCAUUACCGGUUCAGCGCCAGUAGGUACAUGGUGGCUAUGAGUAGCCUUGAUUCCGAACGAAGCUGGCUGCAGGGCCGUUGCGCUUCAUGACGCCGACGUUCGCUAAGCAACACUCAGACCUUCGCAGUACAAA